GAAGGAAAUCCGUGGAGUCUGGAUCGAGUUGGAGAUCAAGAAGUGAAUAAAAACUGAUCGCAUCGAUAGUGCCGUUGGAUUUUAGUGGGCUAACGAAUAUUUUGGAAAUUCUAAUAAUUUCUCUCCGCGUUGAAGGAUAUCGGGGAGGCGGUAGAGGCCAGUAAAAGGUGGCAUGCAGACGAUAGCUUGAACGACGUAGUGAGACGACGUUUAGAAGGCAGCCAUCUUGCAAUCCCUAAUCAAAGAUCCUUGGCUAGCGGGUUUCGUUGUCUGGGUUUCAGCCAGUUAAUAUCAAUACACAGUCCAUCAAAUGGCUUUAAAACGAAUUAAUAAGGAACUCCAGGAUCUGGGAAGGGAUCCACCUGCACAAUGCUCCGCUGGUCCUGUAGGAGACGAUCUAUUCCACUGGCAGGCCACCAUAAUGGGACCACCCGACAGUCCAUACCAGGGAGGAGUAUUUUUCUUAACAAUUCACUUCCCAACAGACUAUCCAUUCAAGCCUCCUAAGGUUGCUUUCACAACCAGAAUCUAUCACCCCAAUAUCAACAGUAACGGAAGUAUCUGCUUGGAUAUACUAAGAUCGCAGUGGUCGCCAGCACUCACUAUUUCGAAGGUGUUGCUGUCAAUAUGUUCUCUAUUGUGCGACCCAAAUCCUGACGACCCACUGGUGCCAGAGAUAGCAAGGAUAUACAAAACGGACAGGGAGAAGUAUAACGAAUUGGCACGCGAAUGGACGCGCAAGUAUGCCAUGUGAUGCGCCAAUUCUCGUUUACCUUAACAUCUAAACGCCACCUCUGUCAGCAAGCAACCCCAGCCAUCAUUAUGCCACUAACCGAUCAACACCGAUUCAACCUAGCAGCGGCCUGUCUCUUUUUAUACGUUCGCACUGCCACCCAAGCUUAUAGAACACGUUCGGACCAGUCGUGACCAGUUGUGAUCAAUAUGAUCUGUUCUCCCUUCGCGCCCUGAGUAGCCAGUGGGUUUUAAGACGACGCCGCGGCGACAGCAGCAGUUGAGACAAUUAAGAAUUUUUGAUAGGUGGUCACACACUCACACGAACACAAUAUACACAUUUUCACACAAAUACACGCCAAAACACAAACACACAUACACAAAGCUCCUCUCUCUCUCUGACCGAAUAUUAUUGGAAUAAUUAAACACAUGUGAAAUAGGCAAGAAUCAAGGAAGAGAAACAAAUAAAGACAACAUCAACAA